AUGCAGGCUCUGACGUUGUCGAUACACAAAACACCUGUUGGAAAUCCUCAAAAUGCCGACGAAAGAGGACUUGUACAUCACACGGUAAUUUGGUUCUCACUGCCGUUGUCCUUACGCCUAAUAAUUGUCCUCUUUUGUAGGCCCGGUGUCCGCGAUGGUUGGUGGCUGUGUGCUCUGCUCCCGGCGUGUUAUGGAGGCACGAUUUGGCGGAGUUAUCAUCAUCACCAGCAUCAUCCACAUCUACCGCAGGAUUACAAGCGUAGCGUUAUUGUGACCUUUGGUCUGUUGCUACAUUCGCUAGCAAUCUACGGCCAACUUCGAAAGCGCAUUAGCCGUGGCCAUAAACUUCUGCUGCAACUCACGUUUUCGGCACUCCUUGCGCUGCUGUUCUACACGUGCCUGGCGGAAAAUGUCGUGUUCUGCAUCGUUAGUGCUGUUCUGCCGAUCGUGCUGUACGAUCGAUUGUACUUUACGAUAUUGCAAGCGGUUCCAAAGGGUUUCACCUACGGUGAAGCAUGCGUCGUUUGCCAAGGCUUGGUUUCGUUCGCAUACAGCGCGUUGCUGCAGCUACCUCGCGUUAUGCUAUACCCUGAAAUCGGUGACCAGCUGACGGAUAUGUCCACAAUCUAUAUCAUCCUGCAGAUUGGCCUAGCGGGCAUUGGUCUGCUGGUUUUCCUCACGUACUACUUGCGUGUACUUAGACAUUUUAUUUCGUUCUGGAUUUCUUUAGCUCUAACGACGAUCGGUGUAGCAUUAUGUCCGAUUGGUAAGCAAACGGCCAUUACUCGUCUGGUGCUGUUCCUGGUCAGCGAUGUGGAAACUAUGGUAACGACCGUCGUGUACCUUGGACUGCUGGUUAUCACUGUGUCCUUCGUCAUGUGGCAAUUCAACAAAGGACGACAAUCGACCACAGCAACCAGAAAGGUUUUCCACCUACUGAUCGUACUGGUGUACGCACCGGGGCUUUGGUAUCAGUGCAAGAUGCUCUAUCUUGCCAGCGGCCUCAUGCUUGCCGUGUUCAUCGUGCUCGAGAUGGCCCGGCUUAUUCAGCUUGAGCCGGUUGCACCGAUACUGAACAUUGCAGUACGAUUAUUUAUCGACGAGAAAGAUGCAGGCGCUGUAGCGCUUACGCCACUUUACUUGCUCAUUGGGUGCACGCUACCAUUGUGGCUCUAUCCAUCCCCUUGUGAUCUUACCAACUCUGCCGGGCUACAAAUGCUGCCACUCUCGGCCGGUAUCCUAUCAAUCGGCAUCGGUGAUACGGCUGCCAGUGUCGUAGGUUAUCACUUUGGUAAACACAAAUGGAAUGCAUCUACAAGCAAAUCGGUUGAAGGAACGUUAGCCUCAGUAAUACUACAAUCGGUGGCCGUGUAUGGGAUGUACCAUCUGGGAUUGUUACAUCUCUCUGUUAGUAGAGCAGCCUACGCCGGAAUUGCCAUCAUCGUUAACGCACUAGUCGAAUCGCGUACCGAUCAGAUUGAUAAUCUGGUACUCCCGCUGCUUACCUAUGCCAUAUUAGUUUGCUCAACAUGAUUUUACAUAAAAAUACAUCACUUGCCUCGUUUAUUCGGAGUUUUGUUCACAUUUUUUUGGUUUUGUGUAAAUUUAUUAUUCAUUUAUCUUUUGCACUAUCAUAAACUUCACUAUUCAUAGUCCAGAUAAUGUUCGUUAGUUCCUUAAUCAACUUGAUAGCAAACGA